CUCCACCUGUUGAUGCCAUUGUUAUCCCGAUGGCAUUGUGCCUUCUCCCUCUUCGUGCACGCCUCUUUCUCUCCUCGCCGAGGGUAUAUAAAGAGAGAGCUUCAUGCACACCUCACUUGACUUCACACACACACACACACUUCAGCAGAGAUGUCCGUCUCUCUCUGGUGCGAGGAGGAAUCGGUGAGAUCUGGGACGUCGGUCCGAGCGUCCUUCGACCCCAACGCGUCCGGGCUCAGGGUCAUCGAGAGGCUCCUGCACUCCGAGGAGAGAUACGUCCCGUCUCCGCUCUACGUCUCCCUCGUUCAGAGAGAACCCAAACGCAGGGAGGAACUCGCCAAGUGGACGCUGGAGGUGUGUUGUGAUUGCGGCUGUGACGAGGCCGUGUUUCCUCUCGCCGUCUCUCUCCUGGACCGCUACUUGGCGUCCACUCUGUCUCUACCCGUCUCUCCGACCUGUCUCGCCGCCGCCUGUGUCCUCGUGGCGUCCAAACUGACGGAGAGCGAGACGGUCACGGCGCAUGCGCUGUGCGCUUCCGCCGAGUACGAGUUCCUCUCGUCCGACCUGCGCGAAAUGGAGCGCGUGGUGUUGGGAACGCUGCGCUGGGACGUGGCCGGCGUCACCCCUCAGGACUUCAUCCCUCACUUCCUGUCAUGUUUGGAGGAGCUGAUGGGGGACAGCGAGGACUCCGCUGACUUCGUCUCCACGCUCAGACGCCACGGGGACACACUGUCCGCCAUGUGCGUGUGCGACUCUCGCUUCCUGGGAACUCGUCCGUCCCUGGUGGCUGCCGCCGCCCUCAACUCCGCUCUCCGGGGUCUGGAGGCCAAGAGGAGGCGGGAGACAAGUCACGUGACCUGCACGCUGGCUACGCUGUGUCGCAGUGACCCGGCCGUGCUGCAGUGCUACAGCGAGCUGAUCGAGGACGCUCUCAGGGAACGACUGAGGAACAGCCGAGAGCAGGAGGAGGACGAGAAGAACGGAAGGAUGGAGGACGAGCGAUCGAGCACACCGACUGACCUGAGAGAAAUAGACUUUUAAAACGAAACAAAAUCACAAGGCGCACAUCCGCAGUCUUCCUCGUCAGCCAUCCUCAGUAAAACUGAUGUAAACUCCUAAAUGCUGCCGGAAAAUGUUUUUGUUUCUGUAAUGAUUUUAUUUAUUUAAUUUAAUAAUUAUUCUUAUUUAUGUCUUUAUUAAUUCGAGGUGAAUUCACGUUUGUUGAAUUUGUUUUGUACCGUGUGCAAUUUCUCUCACAUGAAUAUCUACCUAAUCUUAUAGGCUAUGUACCAUUAAUUUAUUCAUUAUUUUUAUUCAUUAUUUAUUGUGUGUGGUAUUGUUUUAAUUUAUUCCGCAUUUUUUGUUAUGCUGUAUGACAAAGUGUUUGAUGAAAUUAAAAUAUAUUUUUUAAAAGUAAUGAAAAUAUUUAAUAAACAUUCUACUGUUGUUCUUG